AUGGCGUUCGAGGAGCUGCUGCAGCUGCUGUCGAAGACCGAGGCGGUGGACGCGAAGCAGGACGAGGUGAUGCGCCUGUUCAUGCUAGCCACGGCCGAGAGCCUCGCGUCGGGGGAGCUCACGCCGGGGGACCCGGAGUGGAAGGCCAUCGCAGCGCAAGGGGAGGCGCUCGGGCUCGAGGUGCUCGCCAAGGCGGCGGGAUCGGUGGAGACGUUCACGCGGAUGGCGGCCGAGUUCGCAGCGAGGCCCGGCGGGGAGGCGGUGGCGGAGGCGCAUCGGAGGUUGGCCGGAAGCGCGGUGGCGCUGGAAGCGCGCGCCGAGGAGUACGUCGCCUUCAUGCGCGGCGUCGGCGCGCUGGCCGACUCGGGCUCGGACUCGGACUCGGACUCGGACUCAGCUGGGCGGCCCGCCGCGAGGAGGUCCAGGAGGCCCAACGCUAGAUACUUUGGCCCGGAGUGGAGCAACUGA